AUGAUUUCCAAUUCUUUCCGUCAAGCUUCUAAGAACGUGUACAAGAUGUCCCAGAGAACUCUCAUUACUCCUGUGAAAACUGCCAAUGCUCCACCACCAGCUGCCUCUUACUCGCAGGCUAUCAAGGUUAACGGUUUCAUCUACGUGUCUGGCCAGAUUCCUUACACCCCAGAGAACAAGCCAUUGAGCGAGAACCCAACUAUUGCCGAACAGGCCGAGCAGGUUAUCCAGAACGUCUCCAACAUUUUGGAGGCCUCCAACUCGUCUUUGAACCAUAUUGUUAAGGCCAACAUCUUCUUGACUGACAUGAAGACUCAAUUUGGUGAGUUCAACGGAGUUUACGCCAAGUACUUUUCCGACCACAAGCCUGCCAGAUCUUGUGUUGCUGUCAAGGAGUUGCCAUUGGGCGUUGACUUGGAGAUGGAGGUUGUUGCUGUUGAGAAGGACGACCAGAAGUUGUAG